CGGUGGCGUAUUUGCCACGUCUAGUUGUACGGUUAGGAUUUCCUGGUGUAAGGAACGACAGUCAGUGGCCGCCUGUAUUAUAAACAGCAACCUGCUAAAGCAAAACACCAACUUGGGUGUUCAAGGCAGCCAAAAGCAGUGGCACCAUGAAUGGGCAGUUGGAUUUAAGUGGGAAGCUGAUAAUUAAGGCUCAGUUAGGUGAUGACAUUCGGCGCAUCCCUAUCCAUAAUGAGGAUAUCACCUAUGAUGAGCUGGUUCUUAUGAUGCAGAGAGUUUUCAGAGGAAAACUUCAGAGUAAUGAUGAAGUCACUAUCAAGUACAAAGAUGAAGAUGGUGAUCUAAUCACAAUUUUCGAUAGCUCAGAUCUUUCUUUUGCAAUCCAGUGCAGCAGAAUAUUGAAGCUUACUCUUUUUGUUAAUGGACAGCCAAGGCCUUUGGAGUCAAAUCAGGUGAAAUACCUUCGCCGGGAGCUCAUAGAACUUAGGAACAAAGUGAACCGUCUGCUUGACACCCUUGAACCACCCAUUGAGCCAGGUGUUUCUGCCAGCAUUACAGAAAAUGAGACAGUAGAUGGAAGGGAAGCAAAAUCAGUGGCACCUGACUCCUCAGUCAAGCAACUAGGACCAGUUAGUGCUGCCAGCAUGUCAGCUUUUGAUCCACUAAAGAAUCAAGAUGAAAUGAGCAAAAAUGUCAUCUCUUCCUUUGGGCUAAAUGAGGAUCAGGUCUCUGGCCCUCCAAGCGCUCCAGUAGAAGACCGGUCUGGCACACCUGAUAGCAUUGCUUCUUCUUCUUCUGCAGCCCAGCAGCCUGGAAUUCAGCCUCAGGCACCUCAGCAACCUUACACAGGUGUACAGCCUUCAGCAGCACCAAUGGAAGGUCAGAUGUAUCCGCAGUACCAGCAGCAAGGUGGAUAUCCUCAGCUUCCAUCACAGCCUCCACCUCCCCAGCAGUAUGGACUGCAGUAUUCAGGAUACAGCCAGCAAGCAACCCCACAGCCAUCUCAACAACAGCAGUUUCCAGCCUACAAUCCUCCUACAUCCCAGGCAGCUGCUCCAGCUCCAGGAUUUGCAGGUCAACCUCAACAGUUACCAUCCCAGACUCCUCCGCAGUAUGCUCCUGCCUCCUUCCCUCCACAGAACUAUACUACUCAAGCUUCCCAGCCUGCCAACUAUAAUCUGCCUGUAGCAUCCCAGCCUGGAAUAGCCCCCAGUCAACCAGGUGGAGGCUACCAACCCCGACCAGGUUUCACAGCUCCUCCAGGAAAUACAGUUACUCCUCCUCCUAGUGGAGCAAAUCCUUAUGCACGUAAUCGCCCUCCCUUUGGUCAAGGUUAUGCCCAACCAGGCCCUGGCUACAGGUAAAGAACCAGUACCUAGCUUUGCCAGCAAAAAUCAUUGGGCCAACAUAGAUCCAUCCUGAUUAUUACAGAAUCCAAAAAUAGUAUUUUAUAUUCCUGUUUUCUGUCGAUACUUAAAUCCAAUAUGGCAACACCUUGGAACUACUGCCUUUAAACAUAACAAAAGUAAUAAUGAUGUAUUUUUUGUGCUGCUUGGAAGGUGAAUACCAGUUUCCCAUUUAUGUUAUUUUGCAUUAUUAUUUACACUGUUAAAAAGAAUUUAAACAUGAAAUUUUGAAACACUACAUUGGUAUGUACUAAAUCAGUAGUGGGGACUUAUUAAUGGACAUGUCUGAAGGAUAUUAUUAGCUUUAAGCUUUGAUCAGUGAUUUGUUUUCUUUCUUUUUACUAAUAUUCAGUUGUACUGAUUUCAUGCUGGAGUAGCAUUCGGUGUUCUGUACAAACAACAAAAUGCAAUUGGAAAACUAAUAAAACAUGGUGAUUCGCUUUUUGAA